AUGUUCUUUGAAGAAAACCUUAACGACACGGUGGAGUAUGAGUCGCUCUUGGACGCUGGCGGUGCGCCGACGCGGCCCCUGUCGCAGGCCAGCGACGGCGGUGCCUCUUCAGGCGCACCUUCUAUGAGCGGCAUCAGCACCACCUUCGGAGUUGACGGUCUCCCGUUGGAGCCAACUGGAUCAGGGGUUGGGGCGGCGGCUAAAAUGCAAAGCGCGUCCGCGGCGGCGAUUCAGCUGCUGAUAGAAGCCACCGCAAAUGAACGCUUCAGCCCCGAGGUGCUGCCCUACCCCGUGACCACCAUCAGCACCGUUGUCCGCUUGAUUCAGCGAACACAGGAACGGGUGGAGGCGAUGGUGGUGGAGGAGAAGCGUCAAGGGGCCGCGCGCUCACUCUUGCCUUUCCGCCCGUCAGACAUCAUGUGCUUGGAGAUGCAGCGCAUUCAGUUUUUCUUGUGUGAGCUGCUGCGAUGUCGACUGCGCAAGAUCGAGCAUCUCGCCAUGUCCAUCUACUACGAAGGGCUGGUGUCUGGGCAGUCCUCCAUGUCGCAGACAGGGCUAGGUCAGGCAGAUGAGGCUGAAGCGUUCCCCUCUGCUUCUACUGCCGCUGCUCUACCAGAGGUGCGUGUACCGCAGCGGCAAAACUUGUCACUCAAGGAACAGUGGGUGGCGGAUCGACUGGCGCAAAGCGCGCACGCGGCGUUGAUGGAGUCGGGCCUGCAAUCGAUGCCGGCUGCGCUGCAGCAUCUUGUUCCCUAUCCUUCCGAGGCGGAGGGGCUGGAGAUACUACCGGAGCCGGACCUUGGGGCGUACGUGUUCGGUGUGGCUCUCGAAGAUUUGGGUGUUGUGAAUCUCGGCGAGGGUGGCCAAGACGCUUCGCGUGCCAUCAACGCCGGCGAAUUGUUCCUCACUCCCUACCACAAUUUUCGUCCGUACGUUAUGUCAGGGCAAGUGCGGCUGGUAUGA